CAGACACAGAAAAUCGAUCGGGUUUUGGAUGUUGGAAGAGUCUAUGUUGUUCAUGCAGAGAACCUCAGCAUUCAACUCUCACCAACUCCCGCUCAACCCGAACAGAAGCCACCUAUCCCACAAUGUAACGAAUCAUCCCGAAUUCGACAGGGAUCUCACUGCUCCUAAGCGUUCGGAGCCGACCCCUUUGCCCUCUCCCAGCCUCGAAUCUCCGACCACCUCUUGUACCAACGAAAGCUUCUCGCGACUCACCAUUACGACACAGAACGAUGGACCUGGACAUCCCAGCUUCCGGCUAUCAGAGCCAGUCGCGAACCUCGUCAGAUCCCAGGAACAUCACCGCGAAUUCCGGAAAAGCUUUACCGCCCACAGUUAUGUGGGGACCUCCUCCUCCUCCUCGAGCCCAUCCCUCACUUUCGGCUUCCAGAUGAUUUCUUCUCCAGAUUCGGAUGAUGUAGUUCCAAAAGUUGAGGAGAUCGAUGAUGACGAGGCCCUCGCAAUAGAACUGGGAAAGGCACCCACGAACAGCCAAGUUCAAGCGGACACGGCUGAUACAAAGAGCGAAUGCGCGCCACCAGCACCGAUUAUCGGACCAAGAAAACGUGGAAGACCUCGGAAACACCCGCUUCCCGUGCCCGGUCAGGCCAAAGUUACCAAGGGAAGGUCAAAAACCGGCUGCAUCACCUGUCGACGGAGGAAGAAGAAAUGCGACGAGACCAAACCGUCGUGUUUGAAUUGUCAGAAGAAUUCGGUGGUGUGCGAAGGAUAUCCCGUCAAAGAAAUAUGGAAAAGCGGGAAACAAAAGAUGGAAGAAGGUAGGGCUCGACCCGGUCGAUCAUGCAGUCGUAGGUUUGUUGUUCGAGAGCUUCGAUCGCUGACAUUGUCCUCCGGUUUAGCUGCGCGCCGAAGCUCCAUGGCUCUCGUCUCACGCAGUCUCCCUAUUCUGAUCGACGGCAUCGAAACUGAAGUCGACAGGCAGUUUCUGGAUCACUUCGUAUAUGAUUUCAGUCGAGUGCUUACAUUGAUCAACGAUGAUUCAAACCCUUUCAAGGAAAUCCUAUUACCGAUGGCCACGCAGCACACCGGGUUGAUGCAUUCUUUGAUGUGUCUUGCCGGAUCCCAUCUCUCAACACGAAACCCGGAACCUCGUUUCAAAGAACGUAAGCAUUACCAUUUUGACCGUGCCAUCACCGACCUGAGGAAUACAAUCGCUGCCCGGUCUUCCAGAAGCGACAAUGAUGAUGCAGAAUUCCUCGUUGAGGAUCCGAUGAUCGCAUCAACAAUCGCACUGUGUCUAAAUACAAUCUGUGAAGGAGAAACCAAAGGCGAAUAUAGGACUCACAUGGAUGCCGCUAGAUAUCUACUUGUUACCCAAAGACCAAAAAACGAGAAGUUCAGACAGUUUAUCGUCGAGUUCUUCCAGUACCACGACGUUUCUAGCUCGUUGACCACGCUAGAUCGCCGCCCUAUCUGUCUCACGGGAGACCUUCGUCUACCGGAUUUUAUUCCCCAUGCUCAAGCCGGUGCUCUGUUGGGUAUAUUCGACGGUCUGUUCCUCUAUAUCUCCGAGAUCACCGUGCUUCGGGACAGAAUCCGGCAGCGUAUCGACGCAGGACUUGACCCUGCGGUAGACUACCAGACGCUCAGUGAAGCGGUCGCGAUUGACUCUCGGAUUCGAGCUUGGGAGCCGACGUAUCCUCCCGAGCAUCAAAACUGGUUUGCGGCCCAGCUGUAUCGCCAAUCGACAUGGGUCUAUCUUUAUCGUACCAUUCGGCCCUCGCGACCAAACGACAAAAUCUCCCAAGUAGUAGAUGACGGGCUAUUUUUCCUCGAUCAGCUACCGAUAAAUGCUGGAGCUUAUAGCAUGCUCUUGAUGCCGUUAUUCCUCCUCGGUUGCUCUGCCUUUGAAACCCAUCAGCGAGACCGCGUCAGAAGAGGUUUCGACAGUCUUCAGGCCUAUUCCAGCCUACGAAACAUUGAACCCGCACUCCGUAUCGUGGAGAGGGUAUGGAAUAUCAUGGACACUGACCCUGAUCAGAGCUGGGAUUGGGAGAAGAUCAUCGACGACAUGCAAAUGGAUUUUUUAAUUACAUAACGACGGGUUUGCCUCAACCCCCCUUGAUUUCUCGCGAGAUCAAGUUCCCAAACAUCGCAUUUAUGGU